AAAAGUGAUGGAGAUUUCGCGGCUACCUACACAGAAGAAGAAAGCGAGAGCUUCAAUCCACACGGCGGCCCCAGUGCGUCCGUUGGGUUCACAUCGCUGAAUCCGUCUUUCUCGAGUUCAGUGCUACAGGCCUGCGCGGAACCCGCACUGAACCUUCACUGGCAGCUGCUUUCGUACCAUGUAGCUCGACCUAACUUAUCCCUCCAUUUCGACGUCGCUUUCCCAACCAGCGAUAUUGAGUACAGGAAGAACUUGUCUUGCGGCGUCCAACGGACGCUCCUCUCUGAUGCUGAUCUCGACAAGCCAGCUGCAGACAAGGAGUCGACGGAGAUGGUCAUCAACUUCCAGCGUAAUCCGUUCAAAUGGAAUAUCGACGUGAAGCGUGAUGAAGGCAUUCGCGUUCGCGAUAUUUUUGAGGCGAUAUAUACAGUUUUCGAUGAACCGCUCACACCCCAGGAAAAGAACUUGAUUCCCCUCCGUCUCCGUGCAGGGUGUGAGGAGGCGUUUAGGCUUCGCUGCAGCCUUGCGCCGGUGUUUCCAACCAUCCAAGGCUGGAAGCGUGUAGACACUCUUCUGCACAAGACCCUCUUCCGCGGCCUAACUCAACCCAAGCCUGGAGGAGACUGGACAUUGAAUCUCAGCGGGACAAUGCCCAGAGUCAGACAAGAUAGUAAUGCGGUGGAGAGGUGGCGUCUAAUGUCAGAUCCCAUGACACGUCACUGGCGGAGGGAUUUAAUGCGCGAAGCUCUCAUCCCUGCCCUUGAAACUACCGCAUCAAAUUUGCCCCCUGUACCCGAUCCUCCUAAUGAGUACCUACCACCGUAUCCCAAUCAAACUUUAAACGUGCCACUGAGAUAUCACGAUAUUGAUUUGUUCCAUCUACCUGUUUCUGCCGCCUUUGUGCCUAGCACAAAUGUGGACAGUGAUAUAAUGUUUCCCCCGUCGAGUAGCUGCAGGAUUUGUAAUUUCGCGUGGUUGACUCCAAUCCUUCAACAUGGACCCUUGUGCGCUCUGCUGAACAAUAUCCCACCUUUGAUCGCGGAACCUCGAGAUCACGACUAUACCUGGGCUUUCUUUUGUAGAUUUGUCCCCCUCGGCGCUUUUUUUGACUCGCCUAGUCGAGGCCCCCUACCGAUGAUUCAACUGGGCAGCGGUCGUGCUCGCUUGAUUGAAACGCUCGAAGCAGACCUCGAGAACCCCAAGAAUGUGAUAUCGUGGCUACACGGACCUUCCGGCACAGGAAAAUCUGUCAUUGCAUACAAUCUUGCUGGUCGUUGGAGACAGAAGGAUAGAUUGGCAGGCAGUUUCUUCUUUUCUCGCAGGCACUCAAACUGCAGAAGCGCGCAUUCUCUCGUUCUCGCGCUCGCAUAUCAACUCGGGCUGUCUCAACCGCAGGCGAAGGAGAAAAUAAUUGCAGCCCUCAACAGCGAUCCUGGUAUAAUUUCCCCUUCUCGAGAUUUGCGUGAGCAAUUCGCCCGGCUUCUCGUUGAACCUCUGGAGGCGAUUGAUUGGCACACUCCUGCGAGAAUAUUUAUCAUUGAUGCUAUAGAUCAGUGUCAAGACCACGUACCAGAACUCAUCUCACUUCUUACUCGACCUCUUUCCCAUCUGGUUGACGGGGGCCUUCACAUCUUCUUGACAAGCCGUGACGAAGUAGAAGGUGUUUCUAUCAAGCGUUAUUUUGCACCAAUCACAUCGGACGUUGCUCUGGAUCGCAUCGAGGUUGCUCCUGACAUGACAUUAUUUUUUCGUCAAUCUUUCAACAAGAUACAUAAACGUCAUCGUCUUCAAUGCCUCAAACCGUGGCCAUCGGACGAUGUCCUCGACCGUCUUGUCCAUAGGACUGGACCCCACUUCAUUACAGGAUCGGUUAUCGUCAAAUUCGUGGAAAGUCCUGAUCGCGAUCCCAUAGAUAUGAUGGAUCUCAUUUAUCAUCUUCCUUUCAAACCUUCGUCCCAUCUGCAGUCAUCGGUAGAUGACUUAUACAAAUCUAUCAUCUCCUCAUCCGACGACCUCAAACAAGCAUACCUUCAUCUCACAGUUGUUGUGAAUCUUGCCGACAUGCUGUCGUGCCCGCAACUAGAAAAUCUUCUCAACCGAGGGCCAAACCAGAAGUUCGAGAUGCGUUACGUGUUGUCGCAAUUGUCACCUCUGGUUCACAUUCCCGACGGUCACGACAGCGCCAUGCAAGUUUGUCAGGAUUCCCUUGGUGAUUUCCUGUCCGAUCGUCUGCGCUGCAGAGAGCAGUUCAUUUCCCAAGCUGGUAUUCAUCGCCUGCUAGCGUACUCUUCUUUGAGUAUCAUGAUAAACGAGUUACCGGACGACCAUACUCUCUGUUCCCGUUUAUCCCGGUUAGCGACGGAAAGUAGUUCCACGUCGCUUAGUGGAUUUGAUCACGCGGAAGUUUUGUCAUUUGCGGUAUAUUCACCACCAGAGCCUCUGCCGUUUUUGUCUACGCUCUGGCACAUCAUGCAACAUCAGUAUACGGGACUUACAGUUGAUGCUCGUACAAAAUCAGCAUUGGGAUAUUUCUGCUGUACCUGGCAAAUCUUACAGCACCUCGACUUGUCCACCGUCGACACUCUGCCUGUUUUCCACUUCCUAGCAAACCUUCGAUCCCUACCUGUACUCCUGGCCUUCCCAAUAUUUCUGUCAUUUGAAUCUCCCGGACAUGGCCAAAAUGGGAACACACCGCCUCUGGAGCAAGAACCGCGUAUAAAAACGUUGGAUACAGCAGCCAAAAUCGUGAACGAUGUACAUACCUUCAAGAAUCAGCGCAGAGCAGGCUCAAGCGCACUUGAUUAUGCUUGCGCUCAUUGGGCAUAUCAUCUUUCUUUGGCAGAAUGGGAUGACGACCUCCGCUCCAUUUUGACGGCCUUCAUGAGACAGAAGCUCAGGCAGUGGCUCGUGCAAGCAUGGUGCCUCCAGGAUUUCGAGACCUGCCUUCGGACGUUGUGCGAGGUCAAGGAGCUUUGCUUGACAGCAAAUCCGCCUAUUCGUUUUGAUUCUGGUGCGCAACGUACCGCGGCAAACAUGAAGGCGGAUCAGAUUGAAACGUCUGAGGCGGUGAAGCGGAGUAUAGAUAAUGCGAUAGAGGUUAGUAGGCGAGAAGGCUCCGAGAGUGUUAGGACAGCAGCAGAAGCGGAAAAGCAGAGGGCUGAAGCAGCCGUCGUGGGAAAAAAAAGUGGAAAGGAAGGCCGCGAAGAACGAUGCUCAAGAGACUACAGCCGCGAAGAAGGGUGCUGAGACGCUUUCUGGCAUUGGCGGUGGUUCAAGCAGUUCCGCAGCUGACCGUGUCAACUUAGAUGUUGGUCUGCCUGCUCAAGUACCUGGUGGUAUUCCAGGAAGAUACAAUGCGUCCAGCGGCACUCCAAUCAUUGACACGCCAUCGUCCAAAAGCUUUCUCCUUUCUCCGCGCCAUCACAGCGCCACAUGUGUUUCACCUCCGCGUAUCACAGACUCAA